AUGGCAGUGUUAGCGUUGUAAGAAUGUGAUGGUGUCUGCUCAUAAGAUCCUCUCGAAUAUUUGGUGUGAAACUCAUGAUCAGUGAUGAAUAAUGUGGAAAAUGUGUGUCCCAGGAAUAUGUUAAUGUGUUAGCAUCAUGUCUCCAACCUAAAAAUGAGGAAAAAACCCUGACUCCAUUAAAGAACAAGAGAGAGAGAGAGCCAUAACGGAGCCAUGCACAACAACCGGCGGCGGAAGAAGCGGCCCAGCUAUGGUGUCCGCACGGUGGAGAUCACUAAGGGUAAGAAUGGCUUUGGCUUCACCAUCAGUGGACAGGCGCCUUGCAUCCUCUCGUGCAUCGUGCCCGGGUCGCCGGCCGAGCGGGCCGGCCUGCGUCCCGGCGACUACCUUAUCGCCGUUAACAGCCAGAACGUGAGCAAGGCUCCUCAUGAUGAUGUAGUUCGUCUCAUUGGCCUCUCCAAGCUCCUCAAGCUCCAGAUCGCCGAGAACUACUACUCCGACAGCUCUGACGACGAGUUUGUGACGGUAAAUCGUCCCAAACCUAAGUAUCCUAAUCGGCUGAGGCACAAGAACCAGCAGACGCGAGCUGAAAAAGUGGUGCGCGACUUGCAGAGUGGAGCCAUUUUCAGUGAACACACGGCCAUCCACCUCGGCGAAGCGGCGCUCCUGUCAGAUCGCGAUGCCUGGCCCGAGUCUGCUUUCCCACCUAAGGCGCCCCUCACGCCCACGCCAAAGGGUCUCACGGUAUCCGCCUCCGUGUCUCCAGUGCCCGAAGGCCUCGGUGAGAGAGAUGGGGGUCCACCUGCAGCGCCGUCGACGUCCCCCACACGGUUAAGACCGGACCAGAUUCAUCUAGUUAUGGCGGAGGCGCGGCAGGUGACCCGGACGCCUCGGCCAGUCAAGGAGCCCCAGCACCCACCAAGACCGAGACAUGUAGUCAAGAAGAAGGAUAAAUCCCCCAAGGCCAAACUCAGGCAUCACCCUCAGACCCUCCCACCUGAUGCUGUCCAGCAGCAGCUGGCGGCGACUCACCAGCAUCACCAUCAACAGCAGCAGCAACAACAACAGCAACAUCACCAACAACAGCUUCAGCAGCAACAACAGCAACAACAACAGCAACAGCAUCUUCAACAGCAACAACAGCAACACUUACAACAACAACAGAAACAACACCUACAACAGCAGCACCUGCAACAGCAACAACAUACACAGCAACAGCUUCUUCACCACCAACAGCAACAGACUCAGAGACAGCAGUCACCUGUGCAGCAACAGCAGCAUUCUGGUAUGUGGGUGGAGCUACCGAGUGGCUCCGGGAUGGAAGCAUACAAUGUAUUAACUGAACAAGAGAUCAACAAGUUGUUGUACCCAACCUUGGCAGAGCUGCAACAACAGGCAGCCCCAAACGACCUGGGAGAGGCACUCUACCGUGCUGUAGUGGGUUAUCUCGGUACUAUUGAGAUGCCCAAAGAACCUCAGGGGGGAUCGCGUCUCACCGCCAUAAGAAAUUGUAUCCGACGCCUUCGGAUCGAGAAAAAGGUUCACACGCUGGUUCUAAUGUCAGUGUUUACGGAGCGCGUGGUACUGACCAACCCCCACGGCCUCACGCUGGCGCAGUACCCGGCUGAGAGAAUCACUUUUUGUGGUGUAUAUGCUGACGACAAGAAAUUCUUUGGGCUGGUGACUGUCCACGGCGCCUCAGGGGACGAGUUGAGUGAUGGCAGCCAGGAUGGUGGGAGCGUUUCAUCAUCAUGUCAUGUUUUUAUGGUGGAUCCCCGCAUGGUGCAGCACUCUGACCACGCCAAGAGAGCCAAAAAUUUCCGUCUGGAAUGUACGCCACAUCCAGAGGCGCACCACUGCCAGGAGUUCCCGGACUCAGCAGACCCGAUUCUUCAUGCUAUCAUGAGUCUGUACAGAAAUCGGGUGGGGUUCCACCUGGACACCGGCGCGCCAGGCCUCAUCGACGUGGAGGCGCAGAUGUCGCCCCAGCACUCCAACACUUCUUCCAACUCCUCCAACUCUGACUCCGGCAUCGGGUUUCGAGACGACGGUGGUCACCAUUAUCACCACAGUGACCGUGUCUUCGUUGUCGAGGUUGACGACAACCAGCGUAUGAGAAUACAGAACUUCCAGUUGGUUAGUAACCUUCGCGCCAACCUCAAUGAGAACCUACAGGCCAAUCUGGAGAACCACCGGGUCAAUAUGGACAACCACAGGGGUAAUCUGGAUAACCACAGAGGUCUGGAUAAUCAUAGAGCGAAUAUUGACAACCUUAGAGGUAAUAUGGACAACCAUAGAGCAAAUCUGGAGAAUCUCAGGGCGAAUUUAGAUAACCAUAGAGCGAACUCUACUGAUAAUUUUCGGGGUAACUUGGAGACUCAUCGAGAGAACCAUCGGGGUCACUUAGACAACCACAGAGGCAAUAUUAGUGGUGGGUAUGGCAGCAGUAUGAGUGGUACAGUGAGCGACAACAUACCCAGUAGUCUAGGGCCCUCGGUGCUACGUGCCAAUAUUAAUGAGUUCAGUUACUCCAGUGCCAAUAACCUGCGUGCCAUUGCAAAUGAUAAGUUACUUGUCAGUUCUAGUGACAACAAUAUUAGUAAUAAGUUACUGGACAACGUGCGUGCCAAUGUGAACGAUCAUUUGCGAGUGAGCGUGACGGACAAGGUGCUAGGUAACGUUGACAACCUGCGUGUGAGCGUGAGUGACGCCAAGCGAUUAAGUGACCUCCGUGCCAGUCUUGCCGAGAGUAGGGCCAGCCUAGGUGAUGGCCGCACCAGCAUCACAGACGACUUGCGGGCAGCGCUCGAAGACGACAUGCGAGCCAACCUAGGAGAAGUUCGGCUCAAUGUGGACGGUCGUACCAGUAUUACUGAUGACAUGCGGCUAGCUAGGGAUCGGGGCGUCACCAAGACCCCCGUUGUUGAGUGUACAAAUACUCCAGAAUCGGGUCGGCUCACCGUCAGGGCCAUGCCGGACCCGGUGGGGUUUGAGAGGUCGCCGGGAUUCUUAGCCUCCAGUGACUCACCGAUUCAUGUGGCCUCUAUGAGGCAUUCCAUGCACAAAUACCUUCAGCACAAACAAGAACAUUUAGUGAAGGUCUCUCAAAAGAUUAAUCGACGUGAGUCUGACACUGGUGGCAUCCAUCCUCUGAGUGUGCGGGCCUUCUCCCCGGCUACCACCAAGGCCCCGACACCCACCGUUGCUAAUGGCCCUCAGGACGCACUCGAUCUCGAGUUAUCCCUUAAACUGUCCCCAAAAGUGUUUGGAGUGCCUCAGCUUCCUUUGGGUACAGGAUUAUCUCCCCUGCGGCCUCGAGCACCGUCAGAGAGGUCGUAUACUCGUUCCCUGGAAGACCUGCGUGACUCAUCCACCAGCGACGGUGUCAAUGCUCCCCUGGGUAGUGGAGGAUGUGGCAGCAGCUUUCGUGACGGGUCUGAGAGCGAUCACGGACUGGACCGGCUGCGGCACGUGCCACUCACCCCUCUGGCCAGACUCCUUCACGCUUCUGAGAACAACCUCACGCGUUAUGGUCACAUCUACCCCUCAGAGCACCACCGCGGCGCCUUCCGAGCCGUUCAACCACGCACACGCCGGGAAUCCUCAUCCGCCGCCCUUGGCGUGGGCGUUGUGCCCCGUAUGGGCGGCCUGGUGGGUGUAGGCGUCCCACUUGACUCCGGAGAUGAACACACAGAGACUACUGAGAACACGGGAGAGCAGGAGGGCAGCCAGGACGUACACCCGCCCACCCAGGACGAGUUCUCACAUGACUCCGACUCUGAACAGGUGAGUACCAAGUCGUUAUUAACAUGA